AUGGCAAACGACUGGAUUGACAUCCAUGGACAUUUCACUCCUCCCACCUCGUCCGAAGAUCGAGAAAAGAGAUGGCAUGCAAUGCGAGGGGAAAAGUUUUUGGUACCUGAACCCUUCGAAUGGACACCAGAGAGCACUCUAGCAUACCUGGACAAGGCCGGCAUCGCCAUGCAAAUGCUUAGCAACCUGCCCAAGCAGCUUGACGCUCUGAAAGAGUCCAACGAUUACGCUGCGUCUCUCGUGAGGAAGCAUCCCAAGCGUUUUGGCUUGCUUGCGGCUCUUCCAACGGACAGUCCUGAAGCUGCCCUGGCUGAAAUUGAUCGAGCCACUCACGAACUCGACGCGGAUGGCUUCGCCGUCACUUGCAAUUAUAACGGAGUCUUCCUCGGAGACUCCAGCCUUGAUCCCGUCUGGGCCGAGCUCAACCGCCGGCACGCCGCUGUCUUCGUCCACCCAGACGCCUAUGCUCCAGCCUCAAUGGGCCGCCCAAGCCCCUUGAUCGAAGUAGCCUUCGAAACUACUCGGACAGUCGUGGACAUGCUGUACGCCGGCAUUUUUCGGAAGUUUCCCAACGUCGCCUUCAUCCUGGCUCACUCCGGCGGCGCGUUGCCAGUGCUCUCCGGUCGUCUGAAGCUUCUCGGCACCGAGACCUGGGUACCCAACCCAAACAAAAUCACUCAAGCGGAGAUCGAGGAGCAGCUCGCGAGGUUGUAUCUUGACACGGCGGCAACUGCUCCUACGGGUAUGGCACCAGCGUUGCAUAUGGUCCCUCCAGAUCACUUGGUGUAUGGCGCAGACUGUGGUGUACCGUGCUCGACGGAGUCGACUAUGGAAGCGAAUAAGAAGGCGGUGCUUGAGUAUGAGGGUCUGUCGAGAAGUCAGCGUGAUGCAAUAGGUCGAAACGUGCUUUCUCUGUUUCCAGCGGCUGCGGCGAGAUUGGAGAAGCGGUGA